AUGCUUAAAGUCAGUGUGUUAUCCCCCAUUAGAAGAUUUUCAACUUGCUUACGAAACAUGUCAUCUGAAUACUUGGUUACAAUCUACGACUUUCCCCACACCGACAGAACCAAGGUUCGCCCACAACAUGUUGCUGAUAUUCCCGCCAACGUUCCCAAUCCAGUCCGUGCCGCAGGGGCAAUCUACACCGAUGAAUCGAAAACAAAAUUUGCUGGUAGUACUUUCCAUUUAGCUUCCAACUCAAGAGAAGAAAUCAUUGAAUUUUUGAAGAGGGACAUUUACUACAAGGAAGGUAUCUGGAACAUCGACAGUGUUCAAAUUUACCCAUUAGGAAUUGCCGUGCGUUUGCCAAAAAAAAUGGAAGGUGUCGACGAGGUGAAUUAUAAGAUUUAA